GUCUCACAGACUUUGAAGCGACUCAUGGCAGAUGAGCUGGAACGAUUGACCAGUAUGAGGAUAAAGAAGGAGAAGGAAAGGCCCAAUGCAUCUCAUAGGAAUUCGUCUGCCUCCUAUAUGGAUGUUCAAAGCACAGGCCAGACGCUGCAGGAAAUCCCUGAUGAGGACGUGCUGGUACUCUUUGAGCAGAUGCUGGUGGAUAUGAAUUUGAAUGAAGAAAAACAGCAACCUCUGAGGGAAAAGGACAUAAUAAUCAAGAGGGAGAUGGUGUCCCAGUAUCUGCACACGUCCAAAGCUGUGAGUAUUCUUGCUCUGAGUACAGAAAACA